CCAAUGACCCCGCGUGAGCCGGUUGGAGCACACCACAAGGAAGAGAAUGGAGGAAGUGCUAUGAAGGAAGGCAACUAAGCAAGAGUGAGAGGCAAGUAUAUAAAGACAGCGGACGACUUGGGUCGACAUAAUACUCCACCAUGAAGCUCCUGAUCCUUGCCUCAGUGUUGGUGGCUGCCGCCCACGCUGGUUCUUUAGGCUACAGCCUCCCAACCCCCGCUGGUCCAGCGUUCGCCGCUGGCGGUGGUGGAUUUGGAGACGAUUUGCUCCUCUCAGGUGGUGGGGCGAUUGGAGGCGGGUUCGUUGGUGGUGUUGGCGGCGGGCUCAUCGGCGGCGUUGGCGGUGGCUACGGUGGCGGCUGUGGUGGAGGAAAGAUCCUUCAUGUUGACGGAAGCUGUGUAACUCCUCUAGUCACCCGCAAUCUGUUUGUGUACAAAGCUCCACCUGUGGCUCCACUCGUAGGUCCAAAACCUUACAUUCCUCCACCUAAGGUUGAACAUAAUGUUAUUUUCAUCCAUGCCCCAGAAAGCGGACUAGGUGUAGAACCGAUCAUCGUGCCACCACCACAACAGAAGAACGUUGUUUACGUCCUCAACAAGCGGCCUGAAAUAGACCACAAGGUCGUCCACAUCCCACAACCUGAGCAACAUACUCCUCAAGUGUACUUCGUCAACUAUGCCGAAGGCGACAACCCGACUUUGCCAACCGGUGGUGACCUCAAGUCUGCUCUCAGCUCCGCCGCUCAUGGAGGCGGCCAGGUCGUUGGCGGUGCUUUUGGUGGUGGUUUGGGCGGUGAUUUCGGUGGAGGCUUGAGCGGCGGUUUUGUUGGCGGCUUUGGAGGUGGCAGUAGCUUUGUAGGUGAUGGUGCCUUUGGCAGCGCAGGUUUUAAAGUUGGAGGAGGUGGUGUGUCAGUGAGUACUCCAUCUAGCCUAUACGGUGUGCCGUAGACACACUACCAGUUGUGUUUUUAUAGACGUUUAUAAAGCAUAUUUGGUAAAAGAAAUAUUAUUUGUAUUGGUUGUGUUUUAACUAUGAAAUGUUAUUAUUUGUUCAAAAAUAUAUGUUUAUAUUAUCCACUGUGUUAUUUAAACCAGAAAAAAAGCCCUCUACUUCAAGCCAAAUAUUUAGAUCAUGUGAUCAACAAAACAAGAUAGACAAGUUUCUUAGUCAUGCAGUGGUUAUACAUAGUCACUUAGUCAUGCAGUGGUUAUUCAUAGUCACAAGAUGCAUACACCGAGAGGUAUAUAUCUCACUGUAUAUACACUAAGAGUUUAAUCUCUAUUUUUAGGGCGAAACCAUUUUUGACUGGAGGUGAACAGGUGGCAUACAGCAUUAAUGACGUCGUGUAGUCGAUUGACUUUAAACCCCCAUUACCCAACCAUUUACAGAUCUAGAUGAUCGGAAGAAAAUGGUGCACAAACCAAGAUAUAAAUACCUCUGUAGGAAAGAACUCUGACGCCGGUGAAGGGUACCUGAGAUAGGGAAUUUGAGCUACCCUCCGCUUCCUUGGAGUAAACCUGAAUGCCUCACGUACCUCAUUCUACAGGUGCUGCACGAACCCUGAGAGUUUAGUGACUCCAGAUAAACAUAAAAAUAAUAAUCGCUCAGCACGACAGUACUGUACCGUGUAUGGUUCUUCUUGAUUUUGUACACGGUACUGAACGUAAAUUAUCGAAAUUAAGCUGAUAAUAUUUGUAAGUCACGAGAAACAGGUUAAUAUUUAAAUGUAUUCAGUGUUAUUUUUCAGAGUAUCUUUGAGACAACACACAACCCAAAAAAAAAAAAAAAAAUGCCUGGUUAAUCAGGCCCUGAUCCACCGCGAGACUUGGUCUUAGACCGAGCCUCCGGGGCGUUGAUUCUUGAAACAC